GCUGUAUGACAAGCGGGAGUGCCAAAGGACGAGAGUGGGCCGGUUGCGCACGUGCCACUUGGCGCUCACCUUCAGCGCGUCGGGACGUCGACAGCGAACUUCAACCUUUUCCACAAAUGCCAGACCGAAUCAAACAUGGGGAUCAACAAGAGGAAAGCGCCGGAGGAUGAGAGCGAUGCAGGCAGGUCGGCCGCGGAAGAAGCAUUGAACAGUCCAGUCCGCGAACCGGAAGCGAAACGACAGAAACAUUCAGACAGUCCAGCCAUCGCGCCCGCCGAUCAACAGCAGCCAAAUGCCACGAAACCGACCCCCGAGUCCGACCGGCCCCACAAUGACCGGGCUGCCCCGAUUUCCGGACCCGGACAAGCCGGAGCAGUAACGAGGAACGCACCACGCAAGUGGACAGACGGGUACUUUCGCGAACUCUACACCAAGGAUCCCAGUUUCAAGUACCUUGGGCAGAAGGAUCCGGAUUUUGCUCCCUUCCUCGACUCCAAAAACCAACUCGACUUCACCAACCCCGCCGCCGUAAUGCAACUAACCAAAACCCUCCUCCAAGUCGACUACGGGCUUACAAUCGAGCUUCCCCCCGACCGCCUCUGCCCGCCCGUCCCCAACAGGCACAACUACAUCCUCUGGCUGACCUCCCUCCUCUCCUCCUCUUCUUACCAUCCCUCUUCUGAUUCUCAGCCCAUCCUAGGCCUAGACAUCGGCACCGGUGCCUCGGCCAUCUACCCCCUCCUCGGUUGCGUCCAACACCCCUCCUGGUCUUUCAUCGCAACCGACAUCGACUCGCAUUCCCUCUCUUUCGCGCAGCGUAAUAUUCAGAUCAAUAACCUCGAGGACCGCAUCACCCUCCUUCCCCGCCACCCGGACCAACCGCUCAUCCCCCUCGACGCCCUUUCUGGGAGAGGCAUACAGAAAAUAGAUUUCUGCAUGUGCAAUCCCCCCUUUUACUCCUCCCCCUCGGACCUUCUUUCCUCCGCCGCCAAGAAGUCCCGUCCUCCUCUAACGGCAUGCACCGGUGCUCCCGUGGAAAUGGUUUGUGAGGGGGGAGAAGUGGCACACAUAUUCAGGAUGAUUGAAGAGUCCUUGAUCCUCGGCGAAAGGGUGAGAUGGUAUACGAGCAUGGUGGGCAAGGUCACGUCCCUGGAAGCGGUGGUGGAAAGACUGCGGAGGGAAAAAGUAGGGAAUUAUGCUGUUACUGAGCUGGUGCAGGGUAAACAGACGAAGAGGUGGGCGGUGGGGUGGAGUUUUGGGGGGAUGAGGGCGGGAGAAGAAAGUGGGAGGGGGGUGGGUGGGAUUUGGAAGAGGUUGUUGCCUGCGGUGGUGAGGUUGGAGGUUGGGACGUGGAAACAUAAAGGGGCAGAGAAUAAGGUGGAAACGGUGGUUGAGAGGGUUAAGCAGACGGUGGAGGGAUUGGAACUGAUGAGUUGGGAGUGGGAGGGGGAGAGGAUGAGAGGGGUGGGGAGAAGUGGAGGGAAUGUUUGGAGUAGGGCUUGGAGGAGGAGGAGGGAGAGGGAGAUGAAGGAGGUCAAGGAAGGGUCUAAGAAGAAGGUUGGUGGCGGCGGUGAUGAGGAUGGGACCGUGACGGGAGAGGAGGAGUGUAAGUUGGGAUUUGAGGUUGUAGUUGAGGUUGCAAAGGACGGCGAGACGAAGGUGUUGUUCCUUUGGAGGGAGGGACAUGAUCAAGCCAUGUUUGAGAGUCUUGUGGGGUAUUUGCAGGGGAAAAUGAAGGAUAUAUAGUCAUUCAACAUUAACCACGAGGUUCCGUCGCAAGAGAGAAUUAUCGAUCCGCGUUGAGCUGGAAGCAACCACUUCGUCGAUGAGGCCGCUUCAAGCCAAGUACUGUUCGACAUAUCGGAGUUUAGAGAUAUUCGGGCUGUAGGAGUUGAGAAUCUUGUGAGAGUUUCCCAAGACGGCAGUCAGAGGAGACCGUCCCUCACAGCAGACAGUCACCGAUCUACGAUCAGACACGCCGAUGAUUCGGCCAUUCAACCCCGCCAAGCAACAAAACUUUUCAAUCCGUCACAGAGGGGCAGAGAUCGGAAACCAUCGUCAUGGCGUUUCAUUGGCAAGAUUGGG